AUGGAGUGUAGUCAGAUGAUGUCACCGGAUACUGUGUCGGCGCUAUUUCCAGAUCGGCCCAUACGGCCGCUGCCCAAACGUCGACUUCGCGAACGCUUAACGCCAGAAGUUGCGGGUGCAAUCAGGUACCCCCCAAGGACACGGGGUGCCUUGCCGCUUUUUCAUUACCCUCCUUUCACCGUAAAGGAGGAAGGUGGCCAGCUCGACAUCAAUUCCCACAAAUUGAUGCAAAACAACGACACUGCCUGCGCUGUGGUACGACAACAAAACGAGACAGUGACAAAGGACGGGAGGGAGCCUUCUGGUGCGGUCUGGAGUUCGCUCGUGCCGACAUCUCCGGGGGAGACAUCGUCCCGAACUCAUCAACCGGUUCGACCAGACCAGCCGCGGCGUACCGACCCUCAAGCUCCUCCAUCAAUCACCUCGUCCAUUGACGGGUAUGACUCUUUCGAAAAUACAAACAAUAAGAAGAAACGAAAGAUACCAUCCGCUGGAGACUUGUCGGUUAAUGGAGCUCACGGACUCGGUAGCGAAGCUGCUGCCCCAACACUGUCCACUGACCCGACCACCCCCGUCAACGAAGGCACCCAAGUCGUUGACAGAUUCCAUCACGGACCUACGAGCCCAUCGCCAUCAGGAACACAUGUCGCAAAUAGUCAAGGAUUCUCCGGCCCCGGACGAGGAAGGUUUGGGCGCUCGAGGAAGGGUAGGAGCCCGCUGCGAGCGCUGCCUGACGGCAACAAUGCGUGGCCAGUUCAGCCCAUGAACUCGGGCACGGCUCAGUGGUCUGAAAAUGAUCGAGGGGGUAUCAUUUCCAGCGCCAUUGCCAAUGCCGGAAAGCUUCCCCUCCCCUCCCUGGGGCAGGAGAACAUAAGUCUUCUCCAGCAACAUUCUUCUACUCUUAAAACCGCAUCAACCUCGGGUCAAUUCACUUUCACGUGUGUUUCGCAAGUGCCUGGAACUGUGCGGUGGCCUGGCCAGCUGCCCUCACACGCCGUUGCUACGCAAGCUCCUGAGUUGUCUUCGUCGAAUGCGAAUGUUGAAGCGCACAAUGCGUCGGUAAUUGCCGGCCCCGGUAAAGCUGGACAGUCACGCAGGUCAGGUCGCCGUCGGCUGGAAGAGGAGUUGAUGGCAGCAGCACGCCGUCGUAGACAGAUGGCAGCGGACAGCUUCUAUCAUAACCCGCCCAGCAUUGAGGACAUGUGGGUCUGCGAGUUUUGCGAGUAUGAACGGAUCUUUGGUGAACCGCCUCGAGCCCUCAUUAGGGACUAUGAAAUCAAGGACCGCCGCCAACGCCAAGAAGAAGCCGAGCGAAAGAGGCUUCUUGAAAAAGCCAAGGCAAAGAGCAGGAAGAGCAGGAAGAAUGGGAAAGCACCCAGCAAGGGCGGUCACACCGGCAGUCACCAUGAUGAACAUGGUCCACCUGAUUUUGCCGAGGAUCAAGACGCAUCCCCAAUGCAUCAGGGACACAGCCACUCGACACAAUCCGAAGAGGAUUAUGAGGUUGUGCAUGAAAACAGGCACACCGCGACGCUCUCUGAGCGCGUUCAUCCACCUGGUACUCAUUACGGGAUUGUUGACAGCACACGAGUCAAAACCUAG